UUGUUGUUGUUGUUGUUGUUGUUGUUGCAGUUGUUGCACCACUGUUGGCGCGCUGCUACUGCUGCUGUUGCCAGCGUUGCCAUUGUUGCUGCGGGCGCCAGCGCUUCUCUCUCCAUCUCUCUCUCUCCUCUUGUCUUGUGCGGUCUAUUCCAAGCACACUCUCUUGCGUGUGCGCAUGUGCAUGAGCGCGCGCUCCUGCGCAUUGAAGGAGACAGCAACCAGUUUCUUCCUUAGCGCCUCUCUGUGGCAGCUACCACGACUCUUCCCCCUGCCUCGUCUGUUCUCAACAGCCUCCUCUUCUUCCUCCUUCUCCCUUCAUCUUCACGGUCCUUUCAAGCACUCACCCUCGUACUGUCUUCCUCUCACCUUCCCAGCACGCUCUUGCGUGCUGUCACACGCACGCACACACGAACACGGACACCUUUGUCGCGCUGCGGCCUGUGCGCUGCGCCCCUUGCUUGGGGGGUCGCUGCCUUUCGCGCCAGUGUUGGCAGUUUUCCGCCUGUGGCCACGGGGGCAUAUCCACCACGCCUGCUGUGCAUCGGCGGCGCUGUGCGCUGUGUGCGUUGCGUGCGUCCUCGGCACCUUUCCCACUUUUCUUGCAUUGGCAACGAAUUUCACUUCCCGCGCAAACUUUGAGCUGCGCACAAACACACACACACACACACAGAGCAUUUGCCUUGCUUGUUGUGCACUUCAUUGUUCAAUUCUUCUUCUCUUCCUCCCUUCCUCCUUUUUUUCAUACGUGCAUGUAUGCAUGGCUCAGCGCCAUCCUUCCUGUUCAUUUUCAUCUGGGCCACUGAUAUCGGGUCGGUUGCUUGAGUGCACCCGUGCUAUCCUCUCUCUCUGUGCACCUGUGGUGCCUGUGUACGUCCCACGCACGCCUCUUCUUCUCCGUGUCUGGUGGUGUCCAUCACUCACCCUGCUUCUCCUCCACCCUUCUUCUCCUCCACCCAUCCCCCCAGCCCCCUAAGCUUCCGUCUCCUUCCAUCCCCCCUCCCAUCCCCCCCUAAGCUUCCGUCUCCGCCACCCAUCCGCUCUCCUCCUCCACCACCAGUCUUCUCUCUCCCUUCUCUUCAUCCCCUGCGCGCUAUCCUGCACCAUGCCUCGGACUGCAUCGUCAGUGGUGUGGAAGGACGCGUGCCUGACGACCAACCGCGUUGGGCCCGGUGUUUUGCCCACGCCAACGGUCGAUAGCCCACCGCUUCUCCGCUACCCGGGCUUCACCACCAAGUACCCGCUGCCGGCAUUCUCAAAGGGCCGCCUGGCCCGCCUCUCGACACCGCUAAGCAUCCAAGUGCAGACCGGCUACAGCGGCUGGAGGCUCAAGGCAGAGAGGAACAACGGCAGCAGCAAGACAAUGCUCUUGCCUGCCUACCUGCAGAUGGCUGCUCGCAACGACCCAAGCCCAACAAUGGCACAGGGUGAGCACCAGCCCAAGAGGGCCAAGUCCAUGUCACCAACGCCGCUCGCCCUCAGCAACAGCCGCGGGUCCAGCACCUGGUCCAGCCCCAGCUCCAGCUCCGAUUGCCAAGCACACGACACGCCGCCCCGCCCCACACAAGCACGCGAGGACGUUGUGCGCGCCGCGUACAUGGAGGCAGAUGCGGCAGCGGUCCGAGCACUGAGGGUGCUGAAGACUGGGGCCAAGAUUGAGUUUGCCGGCAACAUCGACCUGUGCCAGGCCGUGUUCACUGAGCAGUUGCAGAAGCUGAGCGACGCCCUCCCCGACGAGCUGCACUGGCGCGGCGGCAGCACCAUGCUGGCAGAGCUCGACCCCAUCGAGGGCAUCAACAGCCCGCAGAUGUACCUCAAGAUGACCGGGUGCACGACGCCUGCACACCAGGAGAACGACAACCUGCUGUCCAUCAACAUCAACGUCGGGCCGGGGUCGUGCGUGUGGUACGGCGUUGCUCCGCAGCACGUGGGCCGCGUCAAGUUGCUCUGCAAGACGAAGGGCAUCGACUUCAAGGACGGCGGGUGGUGGCCAACACCUGGCGAGCUCGACAAGGAGAACAUUCCGCUGGUGCGGUUCAUCCAAGGGCCGGGCGAGGCUGUUCUCGUCAACCCAGGCACCCUUCACUGGGUUCGGGCGCUGAGUGCAUGCGUGCAUGUGUCGUGGAACCUUGCGCCGGCCUGCGCGCUGCAGUAUGUGUCGAUGUUUGGUGCGACGUACCACAUCGUUCCGCGCCGCCACCUUGCGCGCUGUGUCUUGUUGCGGGAGCAGAAGCGCCUGCCGCGUGACGCUGCCCUGUGCGCGGCCAUGCUGCGCGUGGUGACGCAGGACCUGGAGGAGCACAGGGCCGUCUGCGCAGACAAGACGCUGGUCGCUGUGGCAUGCGAGCCGAGCAACGCGGCGUGCUUUGUGUGCGGUGGCGACGUGGGCAACGCCUUCUUCACCUCGUCCCCUUCUAAGGUGUUCUGCGUCAAGUGCCGCAACACCAUUGUCGCCCGUGUCCGCACCGCCGCCAGGAGGCUCCGUAAGGACGUGUACACGCCCUUCAUCCGGAAGCACUGCCAGUACCUGCAGGCCGAGAACGACCUGCCCAUGUACAUGUUCAAGGUGUACAACUUUGUGUUGAGCGUGGAGGAGCAAGAGGCCAUGAUUGCGGCGACGCGGCAGCACCUGCUGCGGCUGCGCAGCGGCGACGGGGUGGCGACCUUCACGCUUGGCGCGCCAGGCAAUGACGACAACCGCAGCAGCAACAGUGGCAGCGGGGUUGAGACACUUGCUGACAGUGGUGCUGACGCUGAUGAUGCCGCUGGAAAGAUGAUGGGCACUCCCGCCACAGCUGUUGGUGGUGAUGAUGGCACAGCUGUUGGUGGUGAUGAUGGCACAGUUGUUGGUGGUGAUGAUGGCACCACCCCUGCGUGCAGGAUGCGAGUGGAUGGUGCUGUUGUGACGGCGGUCUCAACUGGCGACACUGCCUCUCCCACUGGCGUGGUGAUUCACAGCAGCAUCGGCUGUGCCUGCGCUGACGAUAACGACGAUACCGGCGAUGAUGACAAGGAAGAGGAACAGGAUGAGGAGAAGGAGCAGAAAGGGAAGGAGGGAGGGAAGGAAAAAGAGAAGGCGGAGAAGGUUGAUGAUGAUGAUGAUGAUGAUGAUGAUGAUGAUGAUGAUGAUGAUGAUGAUGAUGAUGAUGAUGAUGAUGAUGAGAUUGGGAGCGAGCACAUGGGCGUUGUUCGGGCAUGGCUGGCUGCUGUUGGGGAAGAAGACAGAAUUGCAGAGUGGAAGCCAUGA